AAAUAAAUACAUAUCCUCUUUCUUCAACAACUGUACACUUUCUGAUUAAUCAGAUAAGGUUCAAGACUCGAGCUGCCAAACUCAACAAUUAAUCAAUGCUACUACAUCAACGGUUUACAUUACGCCACGUGUCCCGCUUCUUACUCAAAAAACAAAAUCUAUUAUCCCGUGCGGUGUUGCGUUGGAUGAAAGAUGAAACUCGUUGUUAGGUGUCUUCUGCACAAAGGGGUUUCCAAUUUCAUCUUCAUCAUCAUCAACUUCAUUUAAAUUUAAUUUUUAAUUUCAAUUUCAAUUUCAUUUCAAUUUCAUUUCGAUUUUGAUUUCGCGGUUGAACUAUAAUGGAGGAUUAUUUGUUUGAUGUUAUGGAGUUUAUGAAGAAACCCUCGAUAACCGAAACAUUCGUCGAUAUUUUACUAUGCGCCGUUCCGAUUUGGCUCGCCGUCAUGAUCGGUUUAGUGAUCGGGUGGUCGUGGCGGCCGCGGUGGACGGGACUUCUCUUUAUCGGUCUUCGGAGCAAGUUUCGCUUCCUAUGGACGGUUCCGCCGGGAUUCGGUGCUCGUCGGUUAUGGUUAGCUUUUACCGCUCUCUCUGCUUUUUCUAUUUGCCGUAGUUAUUGGUCCAAUUUCAAAAACAAGGCCAAAGCACAAGAUCCGUCUUCGCAUUCCGAUAACGCAACUUCCAAUUCUUCCGACGGAAUCAAUCACGCUACUCGGUUGGGUGAUAAGGCGGAUGAAACAGAGCAGAAUACAGUUACGCAGGCUGAUUUGGAACAUCUUCUUCAUCUUCUUGAAGGGAAGGAUGGAGUGAUGGACUGGCAAAAUUUUAUGGAGAGGUCUACACCAAAUAUGAAAUACAAAGCUUGGCGUUAUGACUCUGAGACAGGUUCUACAGUUUACCGUAGUAGAACUGUGUUUGAAGAUGCAACUCCCGAGUUGGUGAGGGAUUUCUUCUGGGAUGAUGAUUUUCGUCCCAAAUGGGACCCUAUGCUCGCGCACUGCAAAGUGCUGGAGGAAUGCCCUAAUGAUGGGACAUCGAUUGUUCACUGGAUUAAAAAGUUCCCCUUUUUCUGUAGUGAUCGGGAAUAUAUUAUCGCUCGAAGGAUUUGGCAGGCUGGAAAUGCAUACUACUGUGUGACAAAGGGGGUGCCAUAUCCAAGUUUGCCAAAACGUGAUAAGCCCAGACGUGUAGAUCAAUACUUUUCUAGUUGGGUAAUCAAACCUGUGGAAUCUCGCAAAGGUGAUGGUCAGCUGUCUGCAUGCGAGGUUACCCUUUUGCAUCACGAAGACAUGGGAAUUCCAAAAGAUGUUGCAAAGUUAGGAGUCCGCCAUGGAAUGUGGGGAGCUGUCAAGAAAUUGCACUCUGGUAUGAGAGCUUACCAGAAUGCUAGGAAAACAGAUGCUUCUUUGUCGAGAUGUGCAUUGAUGGCGAGUAAAACAACCAAGAUUUCUUUUGAUAGAAACUUGCAUUUGUCAAACGCUGGGUCUUUGGUGGAAGAGAGGGGGCAAGGCAUCAAUAACACUCCGCAAAAUGGUCCUGGCCUGGACUGGAAGUGGGUGGCCUUAGGUGGGGCUAUUGCUGUGGCUUUGGGUAUUCAAAGUGGUGCAGUAGGGCGAGCGUUGUUGGUGGGAGCAGGGCACAGAUUUGCUCGGAGAUGAGUGAUCUAGGAUCUCAUCAAUUUUAAUUUUACAUUAAUCACCAUUCAGAAGAACCCUCAUAAAUUAUAUUUAGACCAUAUUUAUCACUAUCAAGUGCUAAUUUUGUGGUUAUGUUUUUCUUUUUUACUAGUUUCAACCUUAUACGAUUCGUCUCGCUUUUGUGCGUUAUUUAGUGUCAACGUUCUUUCUUA